AUGAGUGAUUAUCCAUUUCCAUGGGGACCACCUCCUCCUGGAUAUGUUCCUGGUCUUGGAAGAGGUGCAACAGGUUUUGUGUCAUAUAUUGAAAAUGCUGUUAUCGAAUUACAAGAUGAAAAGGCACUUUCUGCGAAAAUGUCAACCAAAAAGAUCAAAGAAAUAGAAAAAGCAGACAACGAUGCAGAUGACUUUUACAAUAGUAUGGAUUUGUUAAUAUCAAGCAGAAACAAAGCGAAGAAAAAACAAAAUUCCGAACAAGAAAAGACAAUUUUCGAUGAAACCAGAGAUCAAUUUGCAGAAUUUACGAACAAUCUCAAGUUCAUAACAGCUAAUGACUGGGCAAAUAUUCCUGAACGCGGCCAGCUUAAAAAUUAUCGACCAAAAUGGGAACUUUUGACUUACGCUUCUGGCAGAAUGAUUACUGGAGACUUCUCAGAUUCGGCCCUUUCCAAGGAAAUCCGUCUCCAAGACCAACAAAAUGAUACUGAACUCGAAGCAAAUAAAGCGAUGAUGGCUGUUAGCAGAGCCAAGAACUCUGUGAUGAAUGCACAACUAUCAAAACUUACUAAAAGCUCAUCUACCAUCGAUACAUCCAAAUAUCUACAGGAAAUAGACAUAGAAACUCAAAAUCGAAUUCAACAAUACGAAGAUCUCGAUCAUGCUGCACAAUUAUACAGACAAAUGACUCAUUACAACAAAAACGAUCCAGUAGUAUGGAUAACACGUGCAAGAAUUGAAGAAAAAAGAGGAAAAUACGACAAAGCAGCAAAAGUUGCAUUAGAUGGACUUUCAAACAACCCAGAGAGCGAAGAAUUAGUGUUAGAAGCAGCGAGAUUAUCCCAAAAUGAUAGCCAGAGCAUUCUUGAAGCAUCACUAGAAUCACAUCACGCUCAAUCACCAAAGAUAUGGCUACAACUCGCUUCAUUACAAAAUACAGAAGUUUUAAAAAUUUCUGUUCUUGAAAGAGCUCUUUCAAAAUGUCCGAAAUCUCCGAUGUUAUGGAUUGCUGCUUCAAAUUGUGAUGAGGAAAGCCGUCUGGAUGUUCUUAAGGCUGGUUUCCAAAUGAAUAAAGACUCAAAGGAGUUAUUCAUCGCUGGACUCGAAGCUUCUAAAUCUAAUGAAGAUUUGUCAUUUUUUAUUAGUCAAAAAAGUGACAUAAAAGAUGACAUUGAAACGUUAAUUACGGAAGCGAACUGUGAAGAAAAGUUUGACAUGGAUUUUACUGAUUCUGUUGAGAAAGCUCUUCAAAUUGAAACAGAUCGAGAUUGGAUAACAAUUGCGAUGGAAAGUGAACUGAAAAAUUGUCCAAGAGUUGCAUCAUUGAUUAUUCGAAAAACAAAAAUCGAUGAUGAUAUGGUUUUAAGAGCAAAUGAAGCAAAAAGAGGAAAUUGUAUUGCUGUAUGUGAAUCAUUAUUAAAAAGAAACGCGGAAGAAGGAAAUGGUUGGUAUCCUUUCCUUGAAUUCGAGCGUUCUCUUGGAAAUUUGGAAGCUGCUUUGGAUUAUUCUUUGAAUUAUAUAAAGGAAGGUGAUGAAAUAAGUAUUGUUGAGAUCUCAAGGUUCAUGGAUGACGAACAAGCUUUGAAUCUUCUACAAACAAAGUUCGAAAUCAACAAAAAAUCUGAAAAAAUUGCUUUGGAAAUUGCAAAAAUUUUUGCAAAAAGUGACAAAGACAAAGCAGCUGAAUUUUCUUUUUCCACAGCUUCAGAGAUCAAUUCCUCAUUAUUGUUUUCGUAUGGAGCACAGACAGGAACAUCAAAAACAGUUACUCCAACCAUUUUAAAGAUUGGUGUUGGUUUAUUCCCUGAAAAUGCAAAUCUUUGGUUGAUUUUGACGAAUUUGCAACCAAAUGAUGAAGAAAAAUGCAAGGUAUUGCAGAGAGCAACACAAGAAUGUUCUAGAAAGGCAAUUAUUCAUAUUGAAUUUGCAAAAAUUUGUAAAAAGAUUGGAAUUUCCAAACCAAAAAUCAGAGCUUUACUAGAACGAGCUCGAUUUUUGUGUCCAAAUGAUGAAAGUCUUUGGCUGUAUUCAGCAGAAUUCGAAGAUAAUGAAUACAAGAUUCGAUUGUUGGAAGAGUCCAAAUCAAAGGUAGAUCAUCCAUCAAUAAUUUGGGCCAGACAAAUCGAAUUGAUGCCUGCAGAACAAAGAUUGUAUGCUGUGAAAAACGCAAUGGAAGUUAUUGGUGAAAAAAGAGAGAUUUUGUUAUUAAUUGCCAUUGAUUUGUGGCGAAGAGCGAAAAUAGACGAAUCGAAAAGGACAUUUGAGAAAUUAUCGUCUUUGUUCCCUCAAUGGGGAGAUGGAUGGAUUUACUACUUGAGAUUUGAAGUUUCCCAUCAAAAUGAUAUUUCUGAAUUAUUGGAAAAAGCUGCAAAUGAAUCUUCUUGUGGUUAUAUUUGGGAAAUGCAGAGAGCAAAUAGUGAUUUGGAUGAUAAAUCAUUAUUACUGCAACUUAUCAAUGAUAUUCCUGAUCCAUCUAAUCCUGAUAGCUCAAUAUUUUGUAAUUUGUUUGAAUUAUAA